ACAGUUUUUAUGUACGGGUCGGGCCCAGUGGCAGAGUCGCGCAUGCACGCACUGAGAGAGAGAGAGGAUGCGGGUGGCGAGAUUGCUCUUUCCAAAAAAGGAAGGAGCACGGAGCUUCUGUAGUAAGAGAGAACCCCAAGUCCAAGAACAACCCGCAGAGGGUUUUGCUGACAAUGGUGAUACCCGGUUGGAGAAUUUUGCACCUGAUUUGGAGAUUCAUGAGGUUUUGCACCAAGAUUCUGUCGAUUUUGAUGACAAUGGGGAUGCCCAGUUGGAUAGUUUUGCCUCUGGGGAUGUGGUUUCGGGAACUCGGGGGAAGAAUCGUGUGAUGCUAAAUUGGGAUAGUUUAACAGCCGGGGAGGAAAAUGGUGAUGCUCGGAUUGAAGCUAUUGGUUUUGGGGAUGAAGAGGGGAGGGUUAUGAGAUUAAUGUGGAACAGUUGGAGAAUCUGUUGUCUCUUUUACAGAGUAUUGUUGAAAUGCCAAUUGUUUCGGGCGAGACGAAUUUCAGGCAACGACAUGUGUGGUGAAUGCAGUUGUUCGUGGGAUAUGUAG